AUGGCACAAGACCGGGAAAGGCAGCGCAAUACGGCACGAAUGUAUGGGCUUUCCUGCUGGCGCGCUUGCGGAAGGCUCAACGCUGAGGCACACACGCAGCGGCAGGCGCGACGGCUGUCCGCCAGGUGGGCACUAUGGACUGCACGCCAGCAGCUGGUCCUCGAAUGA